AAAAUCUUGCAGUGAUGGAUCUUGGCUAUUCAAGGCAAGAGGUCUGAGGAGCAUGUAAAAAUCUGAGUGCCCUCUCUAUGCCAAAUGAAAACUGUUGAGAUCCUUUGCCAUGAAGUCCUGUGGAGAAGUCACAAAGUACUCAAAACUGAUUGUGAUGUUUGUGCUGGUUUGCUUGACAUAUCAAGGAAGAAUAUCAGCAACGUUACAAUUCAACAAGGUGUUUGUUGGUGGAACAGCAUGGCUGCCUUGUGGCUUUUCAAACCCCAAAAACAUUUCUCUGGAUAGUUUGAUGAUAUUUUUCCAAAAGGAGCAACAUGGUGAAACUAAAGUUGUUUAUGAACUGUAUAAGGGAGUGGAAAAGCAGACACAUCAGAAUAUAAAGUAUCAGAAUCGUACUAAACUGGACUUGUACACGUUGACCCUUCAGAUUUCUGGUGUUACUCCAGAAGAUGGAGGCAUUUAUGAAUGUGUUGUGCUUUCAAAGCAAGGUUCUGAACACUCAGAUAAAUUACAUAGCAAGGAGCAGCACUUGAAUGUGACUGCUAAUUUUUCAAAACCAGUAAUAAUGCAAUCACCAGAAGGUCGUGUCUCUGCUGGAAUGGCUAUCAAUCUAUCUGCUUCUUCCACUCAAGGAUAUCCAAAGCCUGAAGAUGUAUAUUGGCGAAUCACAGUAGUAAAUGGAACCAUUAAAAAUUACAAUGCAAAUAAUUCAUUUAUUAAAGAUAACGCUACUGGCCUGUAUAAUAUAAACAGUAUACUGACUCUAAAAGUAACUGAAGAUACAAAGGUUUCCUUUAUCAUUCAGAGCAGCUGGCAACAGACAAUUUCUUCAUCAGAAUUUCGUAUAUAUAUUCAGACUAUUCCUCCACAAGCUGAAAGAAUCCAUUUGUUUGCACUUUUGGGUUUUGGAAUCAUCCCUUCUCUAUUUCUAUUUCUAUUUCUAUUUUUCUGGCUAAGAAGAAUGAGAAAUCAGAAUAUCCCCAGUGCUUCUUAUAUAGAUUCUGAUGGACUAAGUAUGCACAUCCUAGAAUUAUUGAAUAGAAGAAGAAUAUUUACUGUUCCUACUGCUACUAAAGAAAGUCACUUACUGUUUACAGUGUAG